AUGCGGCGAGUCUGUCACCUCCCGGGUCACAUUAACAGGGAAGAGAUCCAUUGGCCCGUCAGCGAACUUCGUCAUAGGCAGCACCUCACACGGGCCACCAAUCUGUCGGAUCGCUCUCGGACAGAGGUCCUGGACCAGACAGUAAGAGCCAUCAGGCUUGAGGACCGGAAGAAUGGAAGUGUUAUAUGGGAACGCUGUGAGGAGCUCCGUACCAAAUUGUUUUCCCUCCAUGAGAAGAAGGUGGGUGAGGAGCGGAAUGCACAGGUGGCUUUCAACCAGGAGCUGAAGAGGCAAAAGCUGGUGGAGGAGAAGAUGUUUGCAAGACUCUGGGAGGAAGACAGAUUAGCCAAGGAAAAGCGAGAAGCCCAAGAAGAGAGGAGACAGAGAGAGCUUGUGGAGAACACACGCUUGGGGCUGAAUGCCCAAAUCUCCAGCAUCCACGCACAAAGACAGGCUGCACAGCGACUGAAGGAAGAGGAGGCACGCUACCUGGAAGAGAACAAUGCAAAGGUUAAAUUUGAGAAUGAACAAGAGAAGCUGCAGAAACAGAAGACAAAACGGGAAAUCAUGAGCGUUUUGCAGAAAGCCGUGCAAGAGAAGAUAGAGUAUAUUCAGCAGGAAUAUAGAGAAGAGCAAGACUUGAACAUGAAACUCACAGAAAGGGCCCUUCAGGACCUACAAGAGGAAGCAGAUAAAAAGAAGCAAAAAAAGGCAGACAUGGCAAGAGAGCAGAAGCUAUACAAUGAAUAUCUGCUACAGAGACAAAGGGAAGAAGCAGCCCAGGAGAAAGAACUGAACAGGGUGUUAGAGGAAGUGAAGGCCAAGAAGCUGGCUGAGCAGGAGAAGGAGCGGGCACUUGAGAAGGAGGCAAGGAGACAACUCAUGAAUGAGGUCAUGUGUACAAGGAAACUCCAAGUUCAAGAAAAGCUGCAACGAAAAGCCAAAGAAGAAGAAGAAGAGCGUGCUACAGAAAGAGAAUGUAUAAAUGAAGGUCUGAAAGGACUUAACUGUGAUGAGGAGAAUUUUGCAAGGCGCUAUGGUUUGGCUCAGGAGUAUAGGAAGCAACUUCGAAUGCAAAUAGCCCACCAACAGAAGGCCCGAGAAGCAGAGAAAGAAGAGGAACGCCGGGAGAUUGAAGCAGGGUUAGUAGCAAACAAGGCCUGCCAGGACAAGAUCCAGGAGAUCCUUUCAGAGCAUCAAGUUCUGCCCCCAAACAUUCAUCCUAUGCGCAGGGCUUGCCCUGAAAAGCUUCCACAGUAAUUUUUUGUAAACCUCAAUGUACCUUUUCUGGGUUGUUAAUGUGUUUAACCAAAACAUGCUUAUGUGUGCCUUUAUUAUACAUAACUUUCUUCCUUCAAAUA